AUGGCGGACAAUAAGAGCACACCAGAGCCAUUGGUCUCCUCACCAUGGAGGAGGUCCCUCUAUGCCGGCGCCGUCGCAGGCUUCACCGUUGAUCUCUCCCUCUACCCUCUUGACACCAUCAAAMCCCGCCUCCAAAAAGCGCGUCAGAGCGUCUCCUCCGCCGCCAAAGACACACCUCACAAGAUCAACCCCUCGAGCACAAAACCACCCGCAUUCCGACAGAUAGUCCGAGGAAUAUACGCCGGUCUGCCCUCCGUACUAUUCGGUUCCGCGCCCUCCGCCGCAUUCUUUUUCAUUACCUACGAUGGUAUAAAGCGGUAUUUACUUCCGGUGGAUAUGCAGCAGGCGACCAAGGCACAGGCAUUCAUUGCGCAUUCCACGGCGUCGACGUUUGGUGAGAUUGCGGCUUGUAUUAUUCGCGUGCCGACGGAAGUUAUCAAGCAGCGUGCGCAAGCAGGUCUAUUCGGGGGAUCUUCGUUGAGAGCAUUGACCGAUAUUCUGGCCGUGAGACAUGGCGGCAGCGCGGGAUAUUUGCAGAUGAUUCGCGAAUUGUAUAGAGGCACGGGGAUUACGAUUGCGCGGGAAAUUCCCUUUACGAUUUUGCAGUUUACGAUGUGGGAGGCUAUGAAGAAUCGGUAUGCGCGAUGGACUAGCGAAGCAGCCAUUGACAGCAAGAAUGGCCAUGCAUCAGAGCGAACGGCGUCGGGUCAUAUAUCAGCUGCGCCGAGCGCGGUGUUUGGAAGUAUUGCUGGUGGUAUUGCGGCUGGGUUGACAACGCCCUUGGACGUGAUCAAGACGAGGGUUAUGCUUGCUCGACGCGAGGAAGGUACUUCAAAUCAUAUCCGCGUAUUCGAUGUUGUGCGUCGGAUACUGAAGGAAGAAGGGCCUGGUGUUCUGUGGAGGGGAAUCGGUCCCCGGACGACAGCCAUUGCGCUCGGUGGUGCAAUAUUCCUGGGCAGUUACCAGUGGACUUCUAAUACUCUCGAGGGCGGUUAUAGAGAGCGUGAACAGCUAUAA